GUCACCAUGGCGACGAGACGCAGAAAAUAAAAACUCUGCAGUGUGAUGUAUGAUAAGGAUUGUUGUUGUCUUACACGGAUAGAUGUUAAUAGGAUGACGAACCGGACCUAAAGCGUUUUCUCCGUGACUUUAUUAGCUGUGUGUGUUUGUGUUAACAACAACGCUUGUACCGUCUCGGGACCAUUAUACCUCUGUCUGUUCUCCUAAAAAUUAGCAAACAAAUGGCAUGUUUAAAAGCGGUACCUUUAAGACUGCGAGCUGUGACAACGUCUAAGAAAGCGGCCGAAACAUCGUCAAAGUCCACUCAGAACGUUUUCGAGAGACUGCCAACUGAGAUUCUGGUUAAGAUUCUGUCACACUUGGAUGCCUCUGCACUUUUCAGCAUAAGCCACAUCACCAAACUAUUCCACCAGCUUGCCAGUAAUAAUGAUCUGUGGAAGAAACUAUACAUCGCUGAGCUUUGCAACGAUAAAAAGAAACAGAAUAAGCUCGUGAAUGUCCAAGUUUCAACCAAGAAGAUUGGGGAUUAUGCUGCAGGCUACUGGAAAGAGCUGUAUUUGAAGACAGUAGCACAACGGGACAUGAAAAUUUGGAAAUCUCUUCUUGGAACCAUCAGCAUCCACACUGGUCUACCGAGCCAAACAGAGCAAGUCCUCAGAAACCUGCGUGUCACCUGGGAACUGACCGUCACUGAUAAGGCUGGACGUGAGAGUACACUGGAGCUGAGCUGGUCCCAGUUCUCUGAGACUUCACUGACACUGUGUUGGUGUGGUGGAGACUGCUUGCCUAACUACGAGCAGAUUUCCAGCCUUCAACUCCAUGGCGUCAGGAGGUUUGCCCUCAGCCGCCCCAGCCUAAAGAAACCCGGCAGGAGGUCCCUGAUGGAAAACUUGGACAUGCGGUCUCUAACUAAAAGCACACAGGUCAUUGGACAGGACCAGCUGGUGCAACUGAAGUUGUUACAGCCUGGAAUCAUCAUUGGUCUUUGGAGGGACCAGGGCUCUGUAGCCUUCAUCAUGUUCACUCUCCACUUCUACAAACUGGUGGAGAGAAGCACUCAGGGAUCUUCUGAUUGUUCCCAUGUAGAGCCAGUCAUCCAACCCCCUUUUGAUGACAUAGACUCUGAAUACGGUCUCCAUGGUUACCAACUACAUAUUGUUCUCCACAACACCGUAUGCAAAUUCAUGUCUGAAAGCUUUUCGCAGCUCUUUUGUCGCAGAGCUCACAUCUCAGAUGGAUUCAUCAUGCUCACUGCCAUCAGCAGAACCAACGCCUCACAGCACAUCCAGCUUUCAGGGAGCAUCACAAUGCCCUGGAGGUGCGAGGCCUUGGAAGGUGCAGUGGAGAAUUGCUGCAUCAUGUCUUUGACGCUGCUGGACGAAUUCAGGCAGCCCUUCAUCUGUAUCAGUUCUCCUGUUUCUGUGGAGCUGGAAAAGGUGGAUGUCUCUUAUGACUAUGAUGGUGAACACUAUCUCAUCCACUAUAAGGACUCAGACAUUCAGGUGAAGAUGCAGCUUGCAAAGAUGAAGAAGAGACAGACUGUCAUCAGUUUAAUUGUCAAUGUGAGUGUUUGUAUUGUUAACAAGCAUUUCAGCAGAGGUUACUGAUCUAUGUGUGUUUCUGUUUUUUAUGUGUAGAGUGAUUUUACAGCCAGUAUUUUGUCCAUUCUGUGGAAAAUUGUCAAGUGGAGUGUAAAGUUAGCCACAGGACCUUGAUCCCCACCCACUUAAAGUUAUAGAGUCAUUGCAAUGAAUAAAUGGUGUGAUUAAAACCUG